AUGUCUACUGUUAUCAGGCGAAACAGGAAUCGAAUUGACAUGUUGAAAAACGAUGCUGGAGUGUGGGUCUCGAACACGCAGGAGUUGGAGAAGCUAGCAAUUGAAUAUUAUCGCCGUUUGUAUUCAAUGAUGGACGUGGAGGAAGUGGUGCCAAGACUACCAAGCGAAGGGUUUGUACCUCUGAGCCCGGCGGAUCACACACACUUGAAUAAACCUUUCACAGCUGGCGAGGUGGAGAGAGCUGUAAAGGAGAUGGGGAAGUAUAAGGCCCCUGGACCUGAAGGGUUUCAACCAGUUUUUUACCAGCAUUGUUGGGACAUAGUUGGUGACUCGGUGGUGCGAUUCGUGUUGGAGUUCUUCAGGACAGGUAACCUUCCGCCAAACACAAACGAUGUCAUGAUUGUGUUGUUGGAAAAGGUUACAAAACCUGAGAAGAUUACACAAUUUCGCCCCAUUAGCCUGUGUAAUGUGCUUUUCAAGACGAUCACUAAGGCCAUGGUUGUACGUUUGAAGCAAGUGAUCACGAAGCUCAUUGGGCCUGCACAGGCGAGUUUCAUUCCAGGAAGGCUUAGUACGGACAAUAUCGUCAUUGUACAGGAAGCAGUACAUUCCACGCGCAGGAAGAAAGGGCGUACAGGUUGGAUGCUGCUGAAAUUGGAUCUUGAGAAGGCAUAUGACAGGAUUCGGUGGGAUUUUCUCGAGGACACCUUAGUUGCGGUGGGUUUAUCGGAAUCAUGGGUACGGUGGAUUAUGCAAUGCGUAACGGGACCAUCCAUGAAUUUGCUCUGGAACGGGGAAAAGAUAGAGCCUUUUAAACCGUCAAGAGGGCUUCGGCAGGGGGAUCCAAUUUCCCCAUACUUGUUUGUCCUCUGCAUGGAGAGGUUGUGUCAUCUUAUUAGCAGGGCAACGGCGGAGAAGAAGUGGAAACCCAUCAAGUUAUCACGGGGCGGACCAGAACUCUCGCACAUCUGUUUCGCGGAUGACCUCAUAUUCUUCGCUGAAGCCUCUGUUGCUCAGGUCAGAGUGAUCCGGAAUAUACUUGAAACGUUUUGUGUUGCUUCAGGGCAGAAGGUCAGCCUAGAGAAAUCAAAGAUUUUCUUCUCCCAUAAUGUGUCUCGAGAAUUGGAGAAAGCAAUUAGUGAUGAGAGUGGAAUUAGCUCAACGCGUGAGUUAGGCAAAUAUCUCGGUAUGCCAGUGUUGCAGAGGAGGAUUAAUAAAGAGACUUUUGGUGCGGUGGUGGAGAGAGUUUCUGCUAGACUCGCGGGCUGGAAGAGUCAUGUUUUGAGCUUCGCGGGGAGAGUUACAUUGACGAAAUCAGUAUUGUCGUCCAUCCCAGUUCACCUAAUGAGCUCCAUUAUGCUGCCUAAGUCCACUCUAGCCAGCUUAGAAAAGGUCUCUCGUUCGUUUAUCUGGGGAAGCACAGUGGCGAAACGACGAUUUCACUUACUGUCUUGGUCAAAGAUAUGUCGUCCAAAGGAGGAAGGGGGACUAGGGAUCCGUUCGGCGGGAGACAUGAACACAUCACUUAUCUCUAAAGUCGGCUGGCGUCUCUUGCAUGAUGAGACGAGUCUAUGGGCACGAGUGGUGCGGAAGAAGUACAAGGUUGGUGAUGUCCAUGAUAGGUCUUGGUUGGGGGCUAAAAGUAAUUGGUCCAUGGUAUGGAAGAGUGUAACAACAGGGCUGCGUGAGGUCGUGUUUCAGGGUCAGAGCUGGGUUAUUGGAGAUGGGCAUAGUAUUCGGUUCUGGACUGAUAAGUGGCUCACGAGCCGGGCUCUGGAGGAGAAUGUUGUGACUAACUUGCCAGCGAACUAUGGGACGUUAACGGCCAGAGACCUCUGGAGUCAGGAAACAGGAUGGCGCUUUGACUGUAUAGCCCCAUAUGUUUCGGAGACUACAUGCUUGGAAUUAAGGGCCAUUAUUUUGGAUUGUGUUACAGGGGUAAAGGAUCGUCUGUCAUGGAGCGGUAAUGCAGAUGGUCAGUUUUCAGUCCGAUCAGCGUUUACGUUGCUUACCUCUGAUACGACUCCGCGUCCCGAUAUGGAGGCAUUCUUUAAACGGGUGUGGAGGGUUAAAGUUCCGGAGAGGGUCAGAGUAUUUCUUUGGUUAGUCAGUCACCAAGUGAUAAUGACAAACGUGGAGAGGAAGCGUCGGCACCUAUGUGACUCUGAUGUGUGUUCAGUAUGCAAAGGAGGGUUUGAAACGAUACUGCAUGUGUUGCGUGACUGCCCAUCGAUAUUGGGGAUCUGGAACAGAGUGGUUCCGGCUCGGUUAAGGCAAGAGUUUUUCUCUAAAUCUCUCCUUGAAUGGCUGUUUGAGAACUUGCAGGAUGUACCCUCUAGUGAUGGACCACCAUGGGCAACUACUUUUGCCAUGGCAAUCUGGUGGGCUUGGAAGUGGAGGUGCGGAAACGUGUUUGGUGAGAAUCAAAGAUGUCCAGAUCGAGUGAGGUUCAUCAAAGAGCUCGCGAGAGAAGUAUGGAUGGCAAAUGAGAUGGUUCAGAGCCAAAGCAGGGGAAGUAUACGAGAGGAAAGACAGAUAGGCUGGAUUCCUCCGACAGGGGAUUGGUUUAAGCUCAAUACUGAUGGAGCUUCACGCGGGAAUCCAGGCCUGGCCGCAGCGGGUGGAGUGCUCAGAGACGCAGAGGGUCGAUGGUGUAGAGGUUUCAUCCUCAACAUUGGUCGAUGCUCCGCUCCUUUAGCGGAGUUGUGUGGUGUAUACUAUGGACUAGUAAUAGCGUGGGAACACAAGUGUUCGAGAGUUGAAUUGGAGGUUGAUUCGGAGCUGGUGGUGGGGUUUCUUCAGACAGGGAUUAGUGAAUCUCAUCCACUGUCUUUCCUGGUACGUCUGUGCCAUGGCUUGAUUGCAAAGGACUGGAUAGUCCGAGUUUCUCAUGUGUAUAGGGAGGCCAAUUGUCUUGCAGAUGGAUUAGCAAACUAUGCUUACUCUUUCCCUGUAGGUUUUUCAUAUUUGGAUGUUGUUCUUGUUGAGGUUGUGUCUUUGUUUGAAGCGGAUGAACUUGGGUCAACACGACCAAGAAGAAUUCGUAUGUAG